GAUGUAAGUGAAGGUUUUAAAGUACUUUUUGAAUUCACUGUAUCACAGGGACGGUAGGGACAGCUGAGAUGAUUUUUGCAUACUCAUUUGUGUAUUCUUCAUUAGGUAUUUCUGACAACUCAUAUACGCUCCCAUUUCAUGUUUGACAUCAGAUUGGUAAACGGUAGGCUAACUAGCACAAUGAAACACUUAUUUGUUUCUCUGCUUCUCUUGGGAGCUUUUCUACGUGCCUUGGCUCAAUGCACCGUCCCAGCCUCAGAGUUUCAGCUGGAAGGAGAUUAUUUGUUGGCUGGACUUUUUGACAUUCAUCAUGAUAAUUACACUGUUAAACAAGACCGUCCAGAAGCCAUCGACUGCUCCAGUCAACCCUUCAUUCUGUCAAGUUAUCGGAGGUUUCAGUUGAUGAGAUUCUCUGUAGAGGAAAUCAAUAACUCCACCAAACUCCUGCCAAAUGUAUCUCUUGGCUAUGAGAUAUUUGACCACUGUUCAGAUAUACACAAUUUUCCAGGCAUCUUUAAACUCCUCUCAGUCGACGGCUUGAUCCAACCUUGGGGUGACCCAUACAAGAAUCUGUCUAAAGUGAUGGGCGUGGUCGGCACUUAUACAAGCACUCAAGCCCUGACUGUAGCCCCGCUGUUCAUGAUGGAUCUCAUUCCUAUGGUUCUGGCAGAGCUGAAGAAGUCAAACUUUACACUUUUAAAUCAAAGUGUUACAUUUGAUGAGAAUGGCGACCCCAACUUCGGAUCCUAUUCUAUAGUUUUCUGGAACCAAAGUGGAGAUGCAGAGGAGAUCGGCAUUUGUCAUUUUCACCCAAAGUUCAAUUUCUUCAUCAACGACACCAAAAUUCAGUGGUACACAAAGGGAAAAGUGCCUACUUCACUGUGUUCCCAAGAAUGUGAUGAAGGAUUUGUUCAAAAGCAUGAUGGAAUCCACCAAUGCUGCUUCGAUUGUGAAAUCUGUCCUAAAGAAACUUAUAUCAACAAAACAGGUAAAUUAUUUUACAUGAGAGGAAGAAAACAAGUACAAGCAGUGCUGUCAUUCUGA